AUGAGCCUCAAUCGCCAGAACGCGCCUCGAGAAGAGGUAUCAGAGGGUGCAACGAAACCUUCUCUGCAAACUCUACAGCUUUCUUCCCCAGCAGCCCCGGUCCAGGACUCCAUUCCCGAACCACCUUCGAUCUUACUUAAAACUAGAAACAAACUUGCUGAGCCGGUCGUUGCUGCAUUCAUGGCCGGUGGUGUAGCCGGGGCCGUCUCCCGAACCAUUGUUUCACCCUUGGAACGGUUGAAAAUCCUACUCCAAAUUCAAAGUGUUGGUCGAGAAGAGUAUAAGCUAUCCAUCUGGCGAGCGCUUGUGAAAAUGGGACGAGAAGAAGGGUGGAGAGGCUUCAUGCGAGGAAAUGGUACUAACUGCAUUCGCAUUAUCCCUUACUCUGCUGUUCAGUUUGGAAGUUAUAAUUUCUACAAAAAGUUCGCUGAAUCACCUGACGGUGACAUGUCCGCGGCCAGUCGCCUUGUCUGUGGUGGAAUUGCCGGCAUCACUUCCGUUACGGUCACAUAUCCCCUGGAUAUUGUUCGUACGCGACUCUCCAUCCAAUCAGCUUCUUUUGCCGAACUUGGACAACGGGAUAUGUCUCAAAAGCUGCCUGGUAUGUUCACCACUAUGGUUGCGAUAUACAAAAAUGAAGGCGGCAUGAUCGCGCUCUAUCGAGGCAUCGUCCCAACUGUUGCCGGUGUGGCCCCAUAUGUUGGGCUGAAUUUCAUGACAUAUGAAUCUGUGCGCCAGUACUUGACACCAGAUGGCGAACAGAAUCCUAGUCCAUAUCGGAAGCUCUUGGCAGGUGCCAUUUCCGGAGCCGUGGCUCAAACCUGCACAUAUCCCUUUGAUGUUUUGCGUCGACGCUUCCAGAUCAACACUAUGUCCGGCAUGGGGUAUCAGUACUCAUCAAUAUGGGAUGCAGUGCGCGUCAUCGUGGCCAAGGAAGGGCUGCGGGGUCUCUUCAAAGGAAUUGGCCCCAACCUGCUCAAGGUGGCUCCCAGCAUGGCGAGCAGCUGGCUCAGUUUCGAACUUGCCAGGGAUUUCCUACCGAGAGUCGAAGACCAAAAACCUCCUGCAGUUUUCAUACGGGUGCGACAGCAAGCCAACUUCCAGGUGUUCAAUCCCAUUUCAGCAGCCAUGGGUAUCGACUUGGACCGUCACCAUGUGCGCAGCACCCACCGCAAGGCUCCCAAGAGCGACAACGUCUACUUGCAGGUGCUGGUGAAGCUGUACCGCUUCCUGGCUCGCCGCACGGAGUCCAACUUCAACAAGGCUGUUCUCCGCCGUCUUUUCAUGUCGCGCAUCAACCGCCCCCCCGUCUCGCUCUCGCGCAUCGCUGCCAACAUCUCCGAGGCCCAGAAGGGCAAGACCGUUGUUGUGAUCGGUACCGUGACUGACGACAACCGCCUUCUGACCAUCCCCAAGCUGUCGGUUGCUGCCCUACGUUUCACCGCUACUGCCCGUGCCCGCAUUGAGAAGGCUGGUGGUGAGAUCCUGACCCUGGAUCAGCUUGCCCUGCGCGCCCCCACUGGUGCCAACACUCUGCUGCUCCGUGGCCCCAAGAACUCCCGCGAGGCUGUUAAGCACUUCGGCUUCGGUCCCCACUCCCACAAGAAGCCUUACGUCGCCAGCAAGGGCCGGAAGUUUGAGCGUGCUCGCGGUCGCAGACGCUCGCGUGGUUUCAAGGUCUAA